AUGAAAAUUAUAAUUCUUCUUGGACUCAUAGGAGCUACAUCUUCAGCCCCGCUUGUCUCACAGCGCCUAUUGUCUGCUAGCAACAGUCAUGAGUUACUCCUGAAUCUGAAUAAUGGUCAACUUUUGCCACUGCAAUUACAGAGUGCAUUUAACUCCUGGAUUCCUUCCUUCCCUGGGUUUCUGCAGCAGCAACAGCAGCAGCAGCAGCAGCAGGCUCAGGUCCCAGGACGCCCACAGUUCCCACUCUCAACACUAGAGAGCUUGGCUGGGCUAUUCCCAAAUCAGCUACCUUUCUCAGGACAAGUUGGGUUUGCCCAAGGAGGCCAGGCUGGCCAGCCAGAACUCUCACAGCUGCAGACACCACCACAGACCCAACAGGGUGUUAACCUUAUGUCCUAUGUGGUUCCCUUUAAAGUGCCUCAAGAUCAAACACAGAUGCUUGGAUACUACCCAGUUUACAUGCUUCUGCCCUGGGAGCAACCUCAACAAGCGGUCACAUCAUCACCCCAGCAAACAGGGCCACAGCUAUUUGAGGAACAGAUACCAUUCUAUAAUCAAUUUGGAUACAUACCACAGCAAGCAGAACCUGAUGUACAAGGAGGACAGCAGCGUUUAGCUUCUGACUCCUUUGUAGGCACAGCUCCUGAAACUCCUGGGAUGCCAACAGAAGGAGGGCCUCUAUAUUCACAAAGAGAACCAGUCAACUUUAAGCGUGACAAUGCAGGAGUUUUCAUGCCUUCCACUUCACCAAAACCGAGCACCGACCAUGUUUUCACUUCUGCCCUAGACCCAACUAUUGCCCCAGUACUUCCAGAACAGAAGGUAGAGUAA